UGCACAUUAUCCCAAAUGACUAUGAAACGACGCGCGCGCGCGCACCCACUUUCCCCCUGCAUAAACACCCACCCAGCUCUUACCCCUUUCCCUUGUUUAUAUGUUUUAUAUUCAGAUCUUUUCCUCCCUUAGAUCAUCCAUCUUUUCCCCUGUACACCCCUCCGAGAAUUCCUAAUACGAACCUCAAUCACGUAUGAUUGCGUUAAAAGAGUUGAGGAGAGACAGAGAGGGAGAGAGGGAGAGAGGAGGAGGAGGAGGAGGAGGAGGAGGCUGUGGACCGAGACCGUCCACUCUCCCUGUCGGCGAUGUAACACACCGACAGCAUCCAUCCAGGACGCACGGGAAAUGACGCUCUGCCUACUUUAUUAUUUGUGCGCUACAACAAAAAGCACUCUGGUGUGCGUUCGCCUCAACUAAUUGUUGCUUUUCCAGACGAGCAUCCCUCCCUGCAGGCUCACAUCUCUGCAGCAUCCUUGCAGAGUAGCCUCUGCUGCCGAUUCCAUUUUCCCCGGCUGCAUUUUCGAGGUGCCAUCGACAGAACCGGAGACUGGGCUCACGUAAUCUGGGCUCCCGCACAGCCGCACGGACCGGCAGCGACCGGUCUCAUUCAUCGAUGUGCAUGGGAGUAAAUUAUUAGUGAGAGAGGGGAGGAAAAAGUUCAUUUCUCCAGCCGCGCACGAGCAUCUCGUGCAUGGAUUUAGGUUGAUGCGAAUUAUUAAAAAAGGCGUCAGGGAGCCAGAGGAGAGGCUGGUGUGCAGAUGAGGAUUACGAAGUCGUGCUCGUCAGACGCGGCUCUGUUCACCUGGAAUACCUGAAGCUCUCCAAUGACACGCAGCUGCAUCAACUUAUCAACACUGUUGCAUGUCUUUACGGCUGACAUGUCGGCCCCUGUGGCCUAGCCCGUAGGUGCAUGUUGUCUAUCAGAUCGGGUGUUGAUUUGAAGCCCUGAGUGCCAGAUACUUAGACUCACGCGCCGCUGUCCCCUCCAGAGGAUGCUGCCUGAAGCGCAAUGAUGCCCGGGACCCGGAGGAUUUUCUGAUCAGGAUGACAUUUGGUUAAAAAACACUCGUGGACACUCUGAAUCUACUCUCUCGUUUUUCUUUUUUUAUUGCGCCAAGAAGCUGCACCAAGAUCCGACCUCUGCCGAACUCAGACUCUCGGUUUUCAGAUUCGGUUCGGGGAGAUGGCCGCGAUCGCCAGCUCCCUGAUCCGGCAGAAACGCCAGGCGAGGGAGUCAAACAGCGACCGGGUCUCGACUUCGAAACGUCGCCCCAGCCCCAGCAAAGACCCCCGCUCUCUCUGCGAGAGGCAUUUCUUGGGGGUCUUCAGCAAAGUCCGUUUCUGCAGCGGCAAGAAAAGACCCGUUCGGCGGCGACCAGAUGCACCCUCGAAACCUCCACAGGUGUCCCAUAAGGGCUGCAGGCUAGAGCCGCAGCUGAAAGGCAUCGUGACACGACUGUUCAGCCAGCAGGGCUUCUACCUGCAGAUGCAGCCGGAUGGAACCAUCGACGGCAGCAAGGACGAGAACAGCGACAACACCCUGUUUAAUCUUAUUCCUGUGGGUCUGAGAGUGGUGGCCAUCCAGGGAGUGAAGAGUGGCUUUUACAUCGCCAUGAAUGGCGAGGGCAUGCUCUACAGCUCGGAGAUGUUCACGCCAGAGUGCAAGUUCAAGGAGUCUGUUUUUGAGAACUACUAUGUGAUCUACUCGUCCACUGUGUACCGGCAACAGGAGUCGGGUCGGGCCUGGUUCCUCGGACUCACCAAGGAGGGACAAGUCAUGAAGGGCAACCGGGUCAAGAAGACUAAGCCCUCGUCGCACUUUGUGCCCAGGCCCAUUGAAGUUUGUAUGUACAGGGAGCCGUCAAUGCAUGAGAUAGAGGACAAGCACCGCUCCAGGAAGAGCUCAGGGACUCCCACCAUGAACGGAGGGAAAGCUGUUAAUCAGGACUCCACAUAGCAGCGGGGGAGGGGUUUCCAGCAAGGGGGAGUGGCCUCAACCUGACUCAGGGGGAGGGGCCAUAGGAAAACUCACCUCUCCCCCACCCCUCAAAAUACGCACCACCAUCCCCUCUGAAAAAAACGAGGGCCUUGCGACGACGAGGAGCUAUUACUGUACACCCAAGACAACAAAAACAAAACUGAACUCUUGCCUGUGAAAACCUUUUAGAUGAAUUAAUAUGAAAACAGAGGAUAUAUAUAUAUGAA